UCUUCAACACAUCUUGGGUUCUUAAUAAUAAAUUUCCUUUUCGUUUAUCAAAAUCGUGGACAUUUUUACGGAGCUGCUGUAAUUUUAGGAACUAGGGUUUUCCUCAUAUUAGUCGGGGAAACUAGCUCGAUUCAAUUCAAUUAAGUCCCACAAUUUUACGAAGAAUUUCCUUUAGCCUCAGUAGCAAAUUUUACCCCAAGAGCCAUUCGAUUUCAACCGGAAAGGAUUAUUUUCUGAUAUCUCCGUUUGAGUCACAUGUUGCGUGAAUUGCAUUGUAGCUUCCCAGUGGAAGUUUGUUUGAAGAACCUGGACCAAAAUGGAGGUGUCCUUGGAAGGACUAUAGUAAACAGUCUUUUGAAGUUGCUAUCAGAUAUCAAGGCCACAAAAUUUGGUUACUUUCUUGCAGUAACGAAAUUGAAGAGCAUUGGAAAUGGACAUCGAGUGGAGUCCUGUCUCCAUUUCCAAGUAAAGUUCUGCUGCCGAACCUUCAUACCUGUGUGUGGGGAGGUAAUGAUUGGGAUCGUGAAGAAUAUAACUGUGCAUGGGGUUUAUCUGAAAUCUGGACCUAUGAACUUGGUUUACUUGUCGGCUCGAUUGAUGCCAAAUUACCACUAUGUUUCUGUGGAACAUCCAAUAUUUUUAAAGGACGACUUGUCUAAGAUUGAGGUUAAUGUGGUGAUCCGGUUCAGGGUUUUUGCUGUUAGAUGGGUCGAGGAUGUAAGGAAGGAAUUCCAUGUUCUGGCUACAAUAAAUGGUGAGAGCCUUGGACCAGUUUCAUCGACACAAGAAUUAGAUGGACUAGAUUUGUAAAUUCCAUGUGGCCAACAAAAUUUUCACCUCAAAAUGCAUUCACCACGAAUGCGGGGAAUUCUUUUUAGCUAGAGUUUCUGUUCAAUAUUUGGCUCAUAGUUUUGGUGUUGAUAGAACAUUUGUACUGCAUAGUAAGAAUGAUGGAUAAAUCUUUGUUUGCGCUAGUUUACUACC